AUGGAAGACAACAUCGGAAGUAUUGAAGUUACAACAGCAGGGGGUUCGGAGACCCAGCUGUCGGCAGUAGAAAGUGCGCAAGCAGGCUUUCUUCGGUCGUCAUCUUGCAACUGCAGAGUUUUGGAGGUGUCCAGUCUGGCCUCCACUUCUUUAAAUGCUACAGCUGAUGAAGAGUCCGUGUCAAUUGUUUACAAUGAUAAUGAUUCUACCGUUAGAGAUCCAUUGAUAGCGGACCUAGGCCGUUUAAAUGGAAGAAAAAGACGACUACCACCGUCAUUAACAGAUUACUCAUGUUUGAAGAAACUGAGAGAUGGCUCGUCCAUCGGCCCUGUGUCAAUAAACUAUUACAGCACGGCUUCACCGUCCUAUAGCUUAGAUUCACCAUCCUAUAGCCCAACAUCAUUACCUUAUAACUUAAAGUCACCAUACUACAGCCUAGAUUCACCGUCCUAUAGCCCUCCGUCACCGUCUCUUAGCUUGAAGUCACCGCCCUCAAGCCACCCUUCACCGUCCUAUAAAUUGAAUUUACCGUCUUCUAGCCCCCCGUUACUAUCAUAUAAGUUAGAGACACCACACUUUUGCAUAGAAUCACCGUCCAACAGCUUAUAUUCACCAUCUAAUAGUCCUGCGCAACCUUAUCUUAAAUUUGAGUCACCGCCUUCUAGCCCCCCGUCACCGUCUUCUAGCCCCCCAUCACCGUCCUAUAGCCCCACGUCAUCGCCUUUUAGCUUAGAUUCACCGUUCUAUAACUUUGUUUUAUCUCCCUACAGCCCGGCGUCACCUUUCUAUUACCACCCAGCGUCACCGUCUUACAGAUUGUUGUCACCGUCUCACAGCAUGGAGUCACCGUCCUACAGCUUAGAGUCACCGUCUUCCAACUUGGAUUCACCGUCUUAUAGUGUGCAUUUAGUCGACGAUGAUGAUGGCGACAAAUAGCUUCACAUUGCCUCAUUGAUGGGAUACACCCCACUAACUUGUGAUUUUUUGUUUUUUUUGAAAUACCUG